AUGAUAAACGUAAUUAGUGUUUUACUGGUCUUUGGACUGGUCAGUACUAGUGCCUCGGAAACGGCGGAUCCUGAUGUACAGAAUAAUAAACUUUCAAAACAGUUGCCCUUGGACUUUUCGGAAUUAUUCCGAAAUGUAACUCUUGAGAGUUUUGGCUUAUCAGCCAAUCAAAAGGAUUUCGAAUGUAAACAAGACUUGGCAGCUCUAUUAAGGGGACUUUCCUCUAGUCAAAUGUGGGCACAAAAGAUGGUUGACUCAUGGGGCUCCAUUCCUUCUGGCCUGCUAACCGGAAAUACAUUCGAUCUUGGAAACUUCGAUGAAUGCCUGUCAGUUAACCAAGUGAUCUCCAGUAGUCAGAAAAUAAGUGGAAAAUACUGUUUUUUAAUCGCCAACAAAUUAAAAAUCGCAACCUGUUUUCCAUCUUCAUGCACUGCAACUCAAAUGGAUCCCAUUGUGCAACAACUUAUCCAGAAAUUAUUUAAUGCCGAUAAUUCCAGCAUAAGCUUAAAGAUCAGUGAAGAAAGUUGUCAAACGAGUGAGAGUCCACCUUGGGAUGCACUGACUAUUGUCACCAUAGUCAUUCUCUCUGUGAUGGGUGUCCUUGUUACUUUGUUUACAUUUUAUGAUUACUUUCUGUGCAGGGAUCAAAAUCGGAUGCCAGCUCUGGUGAAGGCUUUUUCAGCUCGAGCAAACUCUCGGAGUCUUUUUCGAAUCGUGCCAAACAAAUCGAACCCAAAUGUGAUCGAUUGCCUUCAUGGAAUUCGUUGCAUGUCACUCUUUUGGGUUAUAUACUCCCACGAAUUUAUAUUCUUUGUGAAAUCACCCAACCUGAACACGGCUGAAAUUUUUUCGUGGGCCAUUACACCCUUUGCCAGUUUUGUGCUCCAUGGAUACUUCUCAGUGGACUCUUUUUUCGUUCUUGGUGGAAUGCUAGUCUGCAUGGUGGCUUUACGUUCUAUGGAGAAAUCUGGUGGAAAACUAAACCCUCUUGUAAUGUAUCUGCAUCGGAUUAUUCGAAUUUUGCCCGUCGUGGCCAUCGCAAUCCUUGUCUACAUGACAAUGAUGACAGUUAUCAGCAGUGGUCCAAUGUUAAAAAGCGGUUAUCAUGGCAAAGAAUAUUGUCAGAAAGGAUGGUUUUGGACCCUGCUUUUUGUCCAGAACUAUGCAGUACUAAAUAUUUGUCUCGAUCACACGUGGUAUUUGGCAGUGGACAUGCAGUUGUAUAUACUUUCCCCGAUUCUUUUAUUAGCUCUCUACAAAUGGGGAAAGAAGGCGGCUUCGGGGAUUGCUGUGCUGGUGGUUUUGCUCUCGGGUUGUCUGUUUGCCACCCAAAUGGUCAACCACUACUCUCUGCUUAUUAAAAAUAGCGCUGAGGAUGACGGGGUGCCCAGCAAAAAAUUAUACCUUGCCACCCAUACUCACGCUGCUCCUUGGUUAAUUGGAUUUUUAUUUGGCUACUUUCUGCAUCUGAAUCGCGGUAAAAGAUUCCAGUUAAGCCUGCUUGUUGUGUGGACAGGUUGGAUUCUAAGCCUGGCGAUGUUGUUUACUUCGAUCUUUGCUCUCUAUCCGGCGGGAAAGUGGACUGCUCCACCAUUGUCCACUUUGGACGAAUCGCUUUAUUAUACUCUUACUCGAAUUGGUUGGCCAUUGGCUAUUUGCUGGGUGAUUUUUGCCUGUAUGCAGGGUUACGGUAGCCUGGCCAACAGUUUCCUUUCUACUCCCUUAUGGCAACCUCUUUCAAGGCUCUCCUACUCCGUUUAUAUUUGGCAUAUGUUUGUCCAGGAGAUAAACAUGAGAAGUGGCAGGACGAACACGUAUUUCUCCAACUACUCGGCCAUGGAACGUUUCUGGUAUGAUUUUGGCUUCACUGUAUUGAUGUCCUACCUCUUGUAUCUUAUUAUUGAGGCUCCUCUAUGCGGAUUUGACAGCCUUUUGCGACCUCGACCGAAUCCUUCUGCUGAUGAUCAACCAAAGCUUAUUCAAGAACAGAAAGAUGUUGCGAACUCUAGUGUAACAGACUGUACUGAAACUGAAACGAAACCUUUGAGUGUUUCUGAUGCUCCCAAAUAAAUUUACCAUAUAAAAAUAAAACUAAAGCAAAUUUCUCGUUAAAAA